GGGGGGUCCGGGCUGCGGGGGGCAGUGCCAUGCACAAGCACCAGCACUGCUGUAAGUGCCCCGAGUGCUAUGAGGUGACCCGCCUGGCCGCCCUGCGGCGCCUCGAGCCUCCCGGCUACGGGGACUGGCAGGUGCCCGACCCCUACGGGCCAGGUGGGGGCAAUGGAGCCAGCACGGCUUAUGGGGGCUACAGCUCGCAGACCCUGCCUUCGCAGGCGGGGGCCACCCCAACCCCCCGCACCAAGGCCAAGCUCAUCCCCACCGGCCGAGAUGUGGGGCCAGUGCCCCCUAAGCCAGUCCCGGGGAAGAGCACCCCCAAACUCAACGGCAGCGGCCCCAGCUGGUGGCCUGAGUGUACCUGUACCAACCGGGACUGGUAUGAACAGGUGAAUGGCAGCGAUGGCAUGUUCAAGUAUGAGGAGAUAGUACUUGAGCGGGGCAAUUCCGGCCUGGGCUUCAGCAUUGCAGGUGGCAUUGACAACCCCCAUGUCCCUGAUGACCCUGGCAUCUUCAUUACCAAGAUCAUCCCUGGUGGAGCAGCUGCCAUGGAUGGGAGGCUGGGGGUGAAUGACUGUGUGCUGCGGGUGAAUGAGGUGGACGUGUCGGAGGUGGUGCACAGCCGGGCUGUGGAGGCACUGAAGGAGGCGGGCCCUGUGGUCCGGUUGGUGGUGCGGAGGCGACAGCCUCCGCCGGAGACCAUCAUGGAAGUCAACCUGCUCAAAGGGCCCAAAGGCCUGGGUUUCAGCAUUGCCGGGGGCAUUGGCAACCAGCACAUCCCAGGAGACAACAGCAUCUACAUCACCAAGAUCAUUGAGGGGGGUGCUGCUCAGAAGGAUGGCCGCCUACAGAUCGGGGACCGGCUGCUGGCGGUGAACAACACCAACCUGCAGGAUGUGAGGCACGAGGAAGCUGUGGCCUCCCUGAAGAACACGUCUGAUAUGGUCUAUCUGAAGGUGGCCAAGCCAGGCAGCCUUCACCUCAACGACAUGUACGCACCCCCUGACUACGCCAGCACUUUUACUGCCUUGGCUGAUAACCACAUAAGCCAUAAUUCCAGCCUGGGUUAUCUCGGGACUGUGGAGAGCAAGGUCAGCUACCCUGCUCCUCCUCAGGUUCCCCCAGCCCGCUACUCUCCUAUCCCCAGGCACAUGCUGGUUGAGGAGGACUUCACCAGAGAGCCCCGCAAGAUCAUCCUGCACAAAGGCUCCACAGGCCUGGGCUUCAACAUCGUGGGAGGAGAGGAUGGAGAAGGCAUUUUUGUCUCCUUCAUCCUGGCAGGAGGCCCAGCUGACCUGAGUGGGGAGCUGCGGAGGGGAGACCGGAUCUUAUCGGUGAAUGGCGUCAACCUGAGGAAUGCAACUCAUGAGCAGGCUGCAGCUGCUCUGAAACGGGCUGGCCAGUCAGUCACCAUUGUGGCCCAGUACAGACCUGAAGAGUACAGUCGCUUUGAGUCGAAGAUACAUGACUUGCGAGAACAAAUGAUGAACAGCAGCAUGAGCUCUGGGUCUGGGUCCCUCCGGACAAGCGAGAAGAGGUCCUUGUACGUCAGGGCCCUAUUUGAUUAUGACCGGACUCGGGACAGCUGCCUGCCAAGCCAGGGGCUCAGCUUCUCCUAUGGUGACAUCCUACAUGUCAUUAAUGCCUCUGAUGAUGAGUGGUGGCAGGCAAGGCUGGUGACCCCACAUGGAGAAAGCGAGCAAAUCGGUGUGAUCCCCAGUAAGAAGAGGGUGGAAAAGAAAGAAAGAGCUCGAUUGAAAACCGUGAAGUUCCAUGCAAGGACGGGGAUGAUUGAGUCGAACAGGUCGAUCAAAACGAAACGUAAAAAGAGUUUCCGCCUCUCUCGAAAGUUUCCAUUUUACAAGAGCAAAGAAAACAUGGCCCAGGAGAGCAGCAUACAGGAACAGGGAGUGACAUCCAACACCAGUGACAGCGAAAGCAGUUCCAAAGGACAAGAGGAUGCUAUUUUGUCAUAUGAGCCAGUGACUCGGCAAGAAAUUCACUAUGCAAGGCCCGUGAUCAUCCUGGGCCCGAUGAAGGACAGAGUCAACGAUGACCUGAUCUCAGAGUUUCCGCAUAAAUUUGGAUCCUGUGUGCCACAUACCACCCGGCCUCGGCGCGACAAUGAGGUGGAUGGACAGGACUACCACUUCGUGGUGUCCCGAGAGCAAAUGGAGAAGGACAUUCAGGACAACAAGUUCAUCGAGGCAGGCCAGUUCAAUGACAAUCUCUACGGGACCAGCAUCCAGUCCGUGCGGGCAGUUGCAGAGAGGGGCAAGCACUGCAUCUUAGACGUCUCGGGCAAUGCGAUCAAGAGGCUGCAGCAAUCACAGCUUUACCCCAUUGCUGUUUUCAUCAAGCCCAAGUCCAUUGAAGCACUUAUGGAAAUGAACCGACGGCAGACGUACGAACAAGCAAACAAGAUCUACGACAAAGCCGUGAAACUGGAGCAGGAAUUCGGAGAGUACUUCACAGCCAUUGUACAGGGUGACUCACUGGAAGAGAUUUAUAACAAAAUCAAACAAAUCAUUGAAGACCAGUCUGGGCACUACAUUUGGGUCCCAUCCCCUGAAAAACUCUGAAGAAGCCCCUCUGCCCUUCCUCUUGUGACCGGAAGAAAUCCAGCCCCUGUUCCCUCCUCCCUCUUCAUUCCUGUCCCCACGGGGAGAACAAAUGACUACUGUUCUUACCCCCUUUUUUAGAUAUGUCAAAAAAAAAAAUUGAGUUUUCUAGUCCUGUUCUGUUUUUUUAAAUUUUCGUUCUGUUUGAGUUUCUCUGGGGGGGAUGAUGCCAUCUCACUCAUCAUGUGACUGUGCCCACUCCUGCAUGGACCUUUCCCGAGCACUAGCACAGGUGCAAACCCAUCAGAGUCAUUGUUUCCAUAACAGUCGAGCAGAAGCGAAGAGAAGAGAGGAGGACUGAUGGACAGACAGACUCUGGACAGCUGCACAGCUUUGAAGGGAGCUCAGCGUAGCCCGAGACCAGGCGCUCCGGGCACCUCCGCCGAUCUGUUCUGCUGUCAUGCAGCUCUGAACGGUGCGACGCCAUGGCGACAGAAAGUAUCUUAUUUAUAUACAGAUAUAUAUAUGUAAUUUAUCUAAAAUAUAUAGAAGUUAUUAUAUAUAUAUAUUAUACACUCUCAUAUAAUAUAUAUAUAUAUAUCUCACACACCUUUGGACUAGAAAAAUCUAUGGAGACUUCAUCAAUGGUACUGUGUUAUUAGAGAAAUGCUUUAAUUUUCAUAUUCCAAUCAGAUGGCAUCUUAUAUCCCAACUGGUUGGGGAGGGACCGAAAGUGGUAGUAAGUGCUGCACCAAGGGCACGUGCACUUGGUCAUUCUCUUGACAGCCGGGGUUUUCCCUGGAGGGGGCCGGCUGGAGGCCUGCAAGAAGGGGCUUUGGCCAGGGGCGGGGGGCGAGGGCGCUGCACACCUGCCCCUGAAGCAGCUGCUGCCGCUGCGGCGCAGCCCGUGCUGUGUAUGGAAAGAGAGAAUGGCUAACGAUGCUCCAGAUUAAAUUGCCUAUUGUUUUAUGCCACCUGAUGUGUCUGCAUGAGAGAUUUCCUUUCUGUUCAUUUUUAAGCUGCUGUUAAACCAAAACCAUGUUGUGCUACUGUGUCAGCCUUUUCAUUAUUCCCAAUUUUACUUUGACUAUUUAACUGAAUGCAUAGAAGCCGGUUUGACAGUGUCCGAAAGGCUUGUGACGUUGUGGAAUGGCCAGGCCUUGUGAUCCAGUAGGUGACCCAAUCUGGGUGGGCAGCAGCUUGGGAAGUGGGGGCUGGUGAGCAGCAAAUGCAUGAACCACGGCUCCGUAUGGCACUGUGGCCCUUUACCCACCUUUCUGGGCCAUGCUAGGCUUAGCUGAGGCCCUUUCAUGGUGCCCACUGACAAGGGAUAGGGAGUCGCUUGCCUUCCAGUUGUGUGCUGGGACAGCGGGACAGCACUGGGCUCAGCCAGCCCUCUUACAAGGAGUUUGAUUUGGAUUUCUGUGCAGCCGCCUCCGUAGGCCCUACCCCAGCAGCCCCCCUCAGCAACUGCUGGUAGCUUACAGUUUCUUCAAGGAGGACACAGACUCCCAUUCCCUUCGCCUAAGUGGUAAAGCCAAGACUUCCUCCCUGGCGAGAUGCGAAAGCUCGUUGCUCUUUCCCACAAUGACAUGGCUCUGAUUGUAAUCAAAGGAGCUUUGCUUUGACCACAAAUGCAGGCAGCCUGUGGCUCAGGCCCCACAGGUUGGAAGGAGCCACCAUGCCUCCCUCACCUCCACACAGGAGACGUGACACCGCGUAAAGAACUGCAGACAUGCUCGGCCCCUGAGUCUGUUCUUUCCCAGGCACUGUGGUCCGAGCAGCGUGCAUGACACCACGGUGAAGACACUUGGAGUGCUGCCAGCCAAACUGAGGAAGUCUAGCAACAGGUCUCCUCCCAGCAUAGUGAGGGCAGCUGUGGCGUGUGGGGCCGGGAUGAGGGUAAAGAAACGGCAGCAGCUUCCUCUGGGCAGUGCACUGGAUGGAAGGCAGCGAGCGGUGAAGUGACGGUGGCCGAUCAGGACCGGUGAGGGGUGGGGGGUGAGCAGGGCAUGUUGAUUUCUCUGAUGCAAAGUGAUACGAGUGGGAACGACACUCAGCCUGCUACCCCUCUCAGCUGAGGGAGCAAAGCAAAGAUUCAAAGUACGCAUGACGCUAGUUGGUUUACCAGUGUUCCUUCCAAGGAGACAUAUAUUUUUUAAUAAAUGAUAGUUGCAAUGAA